AUGAGGGUCAUUGAGGUGUACAGACACCAGGUGGGUGGCCACUCCCGGUUGAUGAAGCCGAAGGAUUCCUCCAAGGUGUACAAGCCUCUGAUUGAAAAUGAGUACCGCUUCUACGAGAAGCUUGCAGGCUUGGGCGCGUCCAACGCCGAGUCAGGCCCCCUCCACAUUCUCAAGAAAUUCGUUCCACAUUACUACGGCGUCACCGAAGUUUGUCUCCGAGCAGAGUUCCAGAAAGUCGACGAACCCCCUGGCUCGGCCGCCGGCACUGCUCUACCCGACAGCAAUGAAGUCCUGGCAUCGCCCCGCUCUUCCUCCUCCUCCGCUCCUUCGCCGUCCCCUUCCUCUUCUGCGUCGUCCGCAUUGGCAGCGGCUGCCUCUUGUCCGUCUUCCUUUUCCUCUUCCGCAGCUUCGUCCUCGCCCUCCGCUGUGCCGUGCUGCGUAGGAGAAAAGGACGGCCUGGCUGCGCCAGGACGCGGACGCGAAGAAGUCCGUGGCGCCGCAGGCGAGGAGAGCCGAGAAGAACGGGAAAGCACCAGACGCCGGACAGAAGUGGAGGACGUUUGCCUCCCGUCUGUAGAGAAAGGCAGCGAAAAAGGUGCCGAGGGCGAGAAACCCCUGCCGGCCGGCCGCGCUGUUUGGGCUCUCGGCGUCGAUCCCUACAUCAGAGACAGGCUCAUGGGCGGCAAUCCGGAGAACACGGAUUCUCGCCCACGUCUGCAGAAAACUGUGGGCGCCUCGUCCUCGCUCGCGCCCGCCUCCCUCCAGUCCCAGGAGAGCCCCGGAGACGCCGAUGCGGCACCGCAGACAGAGUUUCGUUCCCCAGACGGGCGACAUACACCGCAUCCUUUCGAGAGCGUCCAACAUUGGUCUGUCGCGGCAGGGGCGUUGCAUUCGUCUGAGACACCUUUGCGCCUUCACGAAGGCCAUGAAAUACCCGCCGUCUCGUCGCAACAACCUUUGGCAGCGUCGUCCUCGUCUCCAUCGUCUUCUCCGUCUUCUUCCGCUUCUUCUUCUUCCUCUUCCUCGUCUUCUUCUGCCUCUUCUUCUUCCUCGUCUUCUUCUUCUCCCUCUUCCUCUUCUUCUUCCUCGUCUUCUUCGUCUUCCUCUUCUUGUUCGUCUUGUUUGUCUGCUGCGUGCGGAGGCGGAGUGUCGAAGGGGGGAGGCGCCGGGCGAGCCGUGAGCGAGCAUUUGCGGCACAUUGUCUUGGAGGACUUGGUGUACGGCUUCAAGAAGCCUUGCGUGUUGGACAUCAAGAUGGGCAAGCGCCAGCGGAAGGUCGGCGCGUCGCCCGAGAAGGAGAAGAGGCAACUCGAGAAGAGCCUCAAGACCACAAGCCAUGAACUCGGCUUCCGCCUCUGCGGCUGCCAGUUCUACAACAAGAAGUCUGACACCCUGUGCUAUCGCGACAAAUAUUGGGGCCGGAAGCUGACGAAAGAGAAAGUUCCGAACGCAAUUCGGCAGUGGUUUUGGAACGGCUGCACGCUGAACGUGGAACUGAUCCCCGUGCUCCUCGAUAAGCUAGACAUGUUCUACAACUGCGUAGCCGAGCUAAAGCACUAUCGCUUUUGGUCAUCGUCCCUUCUCUGGGUCUACGACGGUGGCCUCACCGACCCUGAGGAAAGGAAACACUCUCUCGACAUCCGCAUGAUCGACUUCGCAAACACAAUCUUCCUCAGAGACAACCCAGCGCCGGAUGAGGAGUACCUGUUCGGUCUCCGUAACCUGAUGGAGGGUCUGCAUGCGCUGUUGGCUUCCACAACAACGGCGCCGACUUCAAGCGUCUGCACACAGGCGUUCCCUGCGUCGCCCCAGCCGCUUUCGGGUGGCGUCUCGAAGCCCGCAGCCGGCCUCGCGUCGGGCGGCGCCGCAUCUCUGCCUCCCGUCGCGGCGAAGGAGACUGGGGAGCGAGACACCGCGGAAGGCCUCCGCGAGGGGCGGGAAGGAGCAGACCUGAGGCCGGCUUCAGAGGCCGCGGAGGCUCGACCGGCGAAGGCGCACCGGGGAGCCGUGGGGGCGGGCGGCGUCUCGCUCGGCCCUGCGCCGCGCCGGCGAAUGUCCGAGGCGGCUGAAAGUCUGCCUGGCGGCCGGAAGCGAGAGGCGAGGCGGAGUUCGAGUCGACCGCGGAAAGGCAGUGCGAGCGGCGCCUCGCGCACAAGCGCCCCGAGCCAAGGAGACUCUGCUGCUGGCGCGAAACACAGUGCCGGACCGAAGGCGGAGGAGAGGGAGACGGCGAGCAGCAGAAGGCCGGCGCCGACGCGCGACGUGCCGCUGUUGGCGGCACCGAAGGCGCAGUGGAGCCAGGGCGCCGCUGCGAGUGUGUGCGGCACGUUCGAGGACGAAAGAGGAUCGCCUUGCCUGGAAGAGACGCGUUCUACGGAGGGUCCAGGGCCAGCUCAGUGGGGCCGCGCGCUGGCUGUGACGCCUGCGGAGACCCGCGCAAAGAGCGGCCACGCAAGGGCCUUCGAGGUGGGGAGCCGAAGUGCAGAGCCACCCGGGGCUGCGGGUGUAUGUACACCCCGACAGAAGGCCAAGAGUGCGGGGCGGGAGAACGACGGGGCGCCGUCGGUUUCCAGGGGCCUUGGAGACGCGAACCUUUUGCAGUCGCCUCGCUCGCCGCCGGUGGGCGCCUGUGCUGUGACGCGGCGACGGCGAGGAGAAAGCCUCAAGACCGACAGCGAGGCCUCGUCGGAGGUCGAGGAUAGAACAGGCAGCCUGCCUUCCGCACCGAGGGCCGCUGGAGGUGCCGUUUCAUCGGCGGUUCAUUCCCCAGCCCCGCGCCGCGACGUAACCUUCCUGCCUUCCCCGUCGUCAUGCGCGGGAACAGCCGGAGGAGCCGCGGGGGUUGCUGGUGCGCCCUCCCUUCGCGAUCCUCCACCUACGGCUGCAAAGCUCCAGAGAAGCCCCCGUGGCGGUCCGCUCGAAGCGGCGAAAAAACACACAGCCGGCGAGCGAGAGGCGAAGCUGGUCACCGUACCGCACCUUCCUCUGCCUGUUUUGAGCACGCGUCCGCCGCGCGUGGACUCCUCCGAUUCGCCUUCGCUGUACCCGCCUCAGUCUGCAGCUCGCGGCUCGCAGGACGCAUUCAGAGGGUUCCCCACGUUUUUGACCGGCGCCUCUUCACAGCCAACCCCUCGCGAGGAGAAACGGUCCGCGCCACACCGAGGACGCACAAACUUCAGGGAAGACUCAACGGCGGAAGCGGGCCAGUACGUGGCGGCGUCGAAGCCGCGACGGGUUGCGCCCCUCGGCGCGAAGAAGCCGGGUGGCCGCGGCCGGGGCGCGUCGCCUUCUGGGCGGCCUUCGACCGCCGAGGAGACGCGAGGGACGGCAUCUGCGCAUGCACGAGGGUUUUUGCCGACUGGCGGGCGGGGCGAAGACAGGAGCGUCGGCCGCGAGCACAGCCCGAAGACGCUCGCGAGCCGCCGUCAGCGGGUCCUCCGGGAACGCGCUGUUGCGGAGAGGCGCCGCGAAGAGACGCUGCGCCUCGCGAUGUGCAGAGAGGAGUUUCGUUUGCGUGCAGAGCGGGAAGAAGCGAUGCGUGCGUCGUCCUGCACGCCCGCCAUGCAGGGUGCGAAGCGCAUGCGAAGGGCGGCCGCGAGUCGCCUAGACGGCGAAACAUCAGAGCGGAGCGACGGGGAAACCGCCCACUCGGGCGCCGACCAGAACGCCCCCGACAGCGACGAUGGGAAGGGUGCGAGAGGUGAGGCGUUUUCUGGGGACGCGCAUGCAGUUGGGGCAUCGCAUGCAACAACGGAGGAUGAAAGAGCGAGUGCGUCAGCGGGGCGGGCUCUGCAUGCGGAUGUUCAGACGCAGGACUCGAAUUCUCAGACAGACUUGUCUUCUGCGCCGGAGCCGACGUUGACGGUGCUGGACACCAGACACAAAAGUGCUGGUGCGUCAGUUGCCGAUCUGGGCGACUCCCAACCUGGCGCGCCUCGCCCAGAAGCCUCCCCUGCGACGUCUUCCUCUGCUUUCCCUGCUUCCUCUUCGUCUUCCUCCGCGGCGUCAUCGUCGUUUGCCUCUGCAACUGGUGCGUUUUCGUCUGAGUCUUCUGUGUCGCCUGAAUUGGCGGGCGGCGUUUCGCACGCGUCCCGGGGGACCAAGCCGGCGCCGGCGCCGCUGUGUCUCCAUUUGGGGGGCGCCGAGGCCCUCGUGGAGGCGCGGGCCGCUCCGCCCGUCGCGCCUCUGUCUCCGGUGCCCGUGUCGCCGUCGUUCUCCCGCGGGGUGUCUCCGCUUGCGCUGUGUGAGCGAAGCCUGUUCUCGCUUCUGGAAAGGCACGCGGAGGAAGGGAGUGGCGGGCCUUUGUCUCCUCGAGGCGCAUGCGCCCCAGGCGCGAAUCCGGAGACAGGUUCGCCAGAUCGACGUUCUGCAGGAGAGACACCUGUGGGGCGGUCGAAAGCUGUCGAAGCAGCUGGCGAGGACGUCGAGUGGCGAGAGGGCCGUGAGGCCCUAGUGAAAGAAGGAACGGCGGGGGAGGCAGGAGAGGGGAACGGUGGGACUGCGGAGGUCAGGAGGCGCGGCGGAGAAGACGCGAGAGGCAGCGAGCGGCAAGGAGAGGACAUGGCGAAGACGGAAGAGGCGACGCAGGAGCCCAGUGCGGGCGAUCAGGAGGAAGAUGCGAUAGCGGUAAGACAUGCAGGCGAAGCGGGUGAGCAUCCAGCGCUGACUGCGUGGGCGGAGGCGAGGUGCGAAAGGGAUCACGGGGACACGACAGACGAGAGAGCUCGGGAGACGCCAGGUGGAAAUGGCACGGAGGGGGCGGGUGAAGCGGCGUUAGUGAGGAAGGAAGGAGAACGCGGUGAGAAGGCAAAACAAACGACAGCGAGGAAAGCCGAAGGGCGUCGGCAGCGCGAAGAAAGCGAGACAAUCCGGACGGAGACAGGAAUGGAGCAACAAGACGUCGGCCACAGCGGUGCACAGAGGCCAGAGCGACAGACCGGAGAAGAAGGCGAGAAUGCGCUCGGAGAUGAAGAGGCUGAGGGACCGAGCUCUGUCAUCCGCGCGAUGGGCCCGAGAGGCCAGAACGACCCGGACGCAGAGGUGGUGCUGCCAGGGAGUUCCGAGGACAGGCGCGCUUCCCGGGAAGGAAACAAAAAGGUGACGAACCGAACCGCGGCCACGCAGACGGAGACGAACGCAGCAAGGGAGGUGCCCGAGCGUGCAGGAGGCUUGGGAAGACUGUGCAGCCUAGAGAGCGAGAACACGAGCCGCGACAAACCCAUCGUGUCUGCACAGAGGACCGAAGACAAAGGAGAGAGGCUGACAGAGCAAGACGCGAGUUCGACAGGGAAUCCGAGGCAGGUGACCGAGGCUUCACAGGAAACGAGCGGCGUCGGCGCUACAGAGGGCGCCGAGGCAGAAGGCCGAGAGGCGGGUCCCCUGCAUGCCGGGGAUGUUGCAUGCGCUUCUGGGGACCAAGGGGACGGUGCGAAAAGAGGACGUGUAACACGGGCGUCGGGUCCUGCUCGAGCGGGCGAACAAGCAGGAGAAGAAUCGCAAGAAAAGUCGUGGAAGAGCGUGGCUGUGACGCUCGAUGAAGAGGCCAGAGAAAGCGCGAAGGAAGACACAGAACACAAGCGACCGGCUCGAGAGGAAGGGACUCUUCUCGGUAUAGACGAGAGAGACAUGGAUCGGCACUCGUUGCGUCGCGCGGCUGCGCAUCCCUCUCCUUCGUCCACCCUUUUUCGAUCUACCGCUCGGGAUUCUCCAUCCCCCCCUCGCAUCGUUUUUCAUCCUGCUCUUUCGCCUUCUCUUGCGACUCCGCUUUCGCCUCCGCUUUCGCCUUCGCUGCCGCCUUUCUUCCUUUCCGCCCCGUUGGCUGCAUGCCCGGUAGCCUCGCCGCUUGCCGCUGUACCCGUGGCACUGGAUCUCCCGCCCAGGCUUCCGACUGCGGGAAUGCAUGCGACUCCUGAAGAGACCGAGGCGACUCCAGGCGCAGCGCGGCACGUCGAAGGAAGUCUCUUCGUGCCGACUCCGUUCUUCAGGUCGCGCUCGCUGUCGGCUCCAAACUUGCGUCGGCCGAACGACGGACGUGCAGCCGCGUCGCUGCCUGUGUGCCACUGGAUGGGCUUCCCCGCGGCUCUCUACGCGACAUGCCUGCAGGCGCACCAGCCGCACCGCAUGCAUUCGCUUAUCGGGUACUGGAACGAUUCAGACAUGACAGAGUCAAGCGACUUCAGCGAGUCAGAGAGCGACUCCGACAGUGAGUCUGCGACUGCAGCGAAGGGCGAGGAGAGCGAAGCGGAGGACGGCCCCCCGGAGACAGACGGCGGGGACGACUCGACUUCCUCGUCGGGGUCGAACGGCGAGGAGACGCGACGAGGCAUGCGAAGAGGCUCCUCAAACGGCGAGUUUUCUUCGUCGUUCUCGUCGGGAGACGAAGAGGAUAUUCUCGCCCCGCGGGCAGCUUCGUUCCACGACGACACGGGCUACGACGCUGGAGACGACCUCGCGAAGGCGGGCGGCAUACGAAGGUCUGAGGUGCCCACAUUGAAGGCUGCCGCGGUCGCCAUGCAGAAAGCAAACGCCAGGUGUACACAAACGUCGUCGGGGGUAUCGACAGCGCGGGCCUGGACGCGAGAGGAGGCGAGAACGCGGGGCGCCGCUGCGCCGGAGCCUUCGUCGGCCCAGUUCCAGAAUCGCCAAACCCGCGACCGGAAGAAAAGCCUGAAGGCGGCCGAGAGCCGAGGUGGCGAAGCCCUCCCGGACUCGAAAUCGCUGGUGCGAGAAGAGGCGCGCCGACCGCGCUCCGGCGACGAGACGAGUCUGGGGCGACGCCCCGCCAGCAGGCAUCGCCGAGGCCAUCGAGCGACCCGCGACGCGCUGGAGGCGCUCCUGGGCAAAGGCGCGGAGGCCGAUGACGAAGGUGGAGGGCGGAGGGGACGGCGCCGCAUGCACAGGGGAGACUCACCGCGCCGAUCGCGCGGAGACGGAGAGCCAGGCGCAGCUGAAGGCGGUCGCGGGGACCGUUUUGAACGAGGCGACUGGACCGCCGGCGAAGAGGAGACAUCUGCAUUCGCCUCGGAUGCAGAGGUGUCUCCGUGCGACAGAGAGAGCCGCAACCGCGAACGCGCGCGCAGAGUCCGAGGGGCGCGCAGAGGAGAGGGUGGAGGGAGAUGCGAAGAGUCAGGAGAGAGACGUUUGGGGCGAGGGAAGCGAGGCGACGCGCGGCGGUCGCUGGAUCGGAGGCGUGUCGCCGCGGAGGCGCGGCCGGAAGCGGGGCUCCCGUCAGAGUUCGGCAGUUGUGGAAGAAGCGAGACGGAAGGUCUAGGGGCCUCGUUGUUUCGUGGAGUCGACAGCCGCACUGGACGAGAAAGGGGGAGAGUGCGGAGACACAGCGGGCCGCGAGAGGAGGUGAGGGCAGGCAGCCGAGAGAGGACUGGGACUGCCAUGUCGCUGUCGUCGGGAGAGUCUGCGGGAGAGAGAAGGCCCGGUCAGAGUCCCUGCACGGAGCGACACACUGAGGGAAGAGAUGCCCCGCGACGCGAGAGGCAUGACGAGCCGUUUGACGCGUCACAGUCUCGGUCCGCCGUCGACCCCCGACUGGCUUCGUCGCCCUCCCUCUGGUGGAUGUACACCUCAACCCCGUGGCUGCGGCCUUCGAGUCCCAGCCACGUGGCGCAUCCAGGUUUCUUCGCCUCCAGGUUCGCCCCCUUCCUGUCGGCAGGGCGUAGCUUGACGCGGUUGCGACCGUUCAGCUGUCUGUUCUCGCGGGGUGCCUGCGAGCCUCUUCAGCUGAGUUGCCCCUCCUCUGCCUCUCCGUCCCCCGCGUCAGACUUGCCGCCCGCUGCCGUGCUUCUCCCCGUCCCUUCCUUCGGCUUUUCAGAAGCGUCUGCGCAUUCGCGGCCUUCCACGGAAGGCGAAGCGUCUGCCGACGCAACGCGGCACGCAGCCGAACCCGGCUGCCAGCUCUCGCCCCCCUUUUGUGCCUCGCCGUUUCCUCUCUUCGACUUCGCAGACGCAGACGUCGCCGACGGCGGCCGAGGCUCCAGCGGCUUCGCCUUUUCGUUUUUGCCGCCCCUGACGCUAGGUGAGGGCGCGGGCCCGCACGCCCCGGAGACAGUUCCCGCCAAGGGCGGAGACAGCCGGGGCGAGGCCGGGGACUGCGGAGACAGGGUCGGCAGCUCGCGACACUGCAGCCGACGGCGAAGGCGGCGCGACGGAGGCCGCCGGCGGCAGUUCGUCAGAGGCCGAGGCAAAAGUGGUGGGUUCCCCCGGGUGAAGGCGUAUCGGCGCCCUCUUGUGGGGUCGCUCCCGCCCGUGGCUCGUCGGCAUUCUGUCUCCUCGUUUCCACACGACGUUCUCCUUUCGCCCGCCAGUGUCCCCGCAGUCGCGGACCCUUUCGUUGCGUUCAACCCGAUCUUUCAAGCUGGGGAUGCGCCGCUGCCCUACUGGCUGUCACCGGUCGCUCGCCCGACCCCCGCCUCAGCCCUGCUGACUCCCGACGAAGAAUCAGGAGCGCAUGCAGACGCGGAGACAACCGGCGCGGCGCCGCAUGGCUUGCCUCCUGAAAGAAGCGCGACUGCGCCCUCCCCGGGUUUCCCGGAGGGGACGUCGGUGGGGUGGACGCCGCUGGUGCUCGGCGGGGACUCUGCGCGUCGCCUCGGCUUGGGCCUGGGGCUCGGGAGGCGCAGCGGGGAGGCGGUGGGGGCCGAGCCAUGCGACGCGCCUCCGCCGCUCUAUGCGUCGUGCGCCUCGCCGGGCGUCUCCAACGCGCCUGCAGGGACACCCGGCGAACCACGAAGGGAGAAGAAGAAAGAGAUAGGGUAA